GAAAAUCUAACCACAUCUCUUUACUCUAAAGAAAACCUCUCAAAGGCUAACAUAGCCGCCACAUUCUCUUAGUGUGACCCAUCCUUUGUUCGUGCUGGUCUCGACCUCUAGCCUUCCUUGCUGUUGUAGCCUCCAGCCGGCUGCUGCACUCGACCAUCCUCGCCUCCUACCGACUUCGCAUCCGCGGUUUCUCUUCUCCCUGCUCUCGAUCGUUUUUCAUCCCAAAGCAUAAUCAUAGUCUCUCAACUCAAAAUCGAAGUUUUCUUCCUUGGUUAUAGGUCCUCCAGCCUCCUCGACAUCCUCUCCUCCAGCCUUCUCUGCUCCAACGGUUCCUCUCUAGAAGCCGUUCAAUCAAGAUCUCAUCAGUCCUGAAGUCAAAAUCUCGUUCAGUUCAAGUAGUAUACAGGUAAUUGUUAGCGGAUUUCGGACAGAUAUCUAUAGUGAAACCUAAUUUCCAAACGGUUCGGGUAGUAUUAUCAUAAACGGGUUUUGGUUUGGGUACCCACAAUUUCGCGGGUACCCUACCCAGUAUCAUCCCUAGUGCUGAACAAGUCUGCUGAAACCCAGUUUCACUCGCAAAGAAGAUUUCUUAGUUAGCAUAAUCUGCUCUUUCUUUGAAAAAUGAGAGUGAGGAAGCAGAAACGCCACCGCAGGGCUGUGAGGUUCUACACAGCGUGUUUUGGGUUCAGGCAACCUUUUAAGAUUCUCUGCGAUGGGACAUUUGUGCAUAACCUUAUAGUAAAUCGUGUUGCACCCGCUGAUAAAGCACUGUCCAACAUCCUUGGUGGCUCCGUCAAGCUCUUUACCACGAGAUGUAUUCUUGAGGAGCUCAAAAGACUUGGUAAUUCCUACUCCGAAUCUCUUCAGGCAGCUCAUAAACUCAUGAUUGCUAAAUGUGAUCAUGAAGAUAAAAAGAGUGCCGAAGCUUGCAUUGUGGAGAUUAUUGGAGAAAAUAACCCGGAGCAUUUUUUUGUGGCUACACAGGACUUUGAUUUGAGGAAGAAGUUUAGGGAGGUACCAGGUGUCCCUGUCAUAUUUGGUCUAAGAAAUGCUCUCUUCCUUGAGCCACCAUCUGCAUUUCAACAGGAGUUUGUCAAAUCUUCCGAAGAACAACGCUUACAUGCAACUGAGCCUGAAUAUAAAAUUUUGAAAAAUAGGACCAAGAGCACAUCAACAAAUGAGGAAUCUAGACAUUCUUCUGAUGAAAAUAAAGGUUCAGAAGAAAUGCAGCCUCAUAAAAAAAAGCAAGGUGCAAGAAUGAGAAUGGAUGUCAAGGAUAGACCUCAAUUUAAAAGAAAGAAAGCUAAGGCACCAAAUCCUCUUUCUUGCAAGAAGAAAAAGAAGGAUAUAAACCCUAAGCCUUCAUCAGAGAAGGAAAGUAAUGCGGGCGACGAUGCCAUGAGAAGUGGGAGUAGGAAAAGAAAGAGAUCGCGUAAAGGCAAAAGUCUUGCAGAGAUGGACAACAAAUAGGCUACUCGGGGCUCUGGCAAAUUGGUGUUGCUUCUAAUUUUGUCUUACAAUGAAGUAAACAUAUAUUUAAUUGGUUAAAAUGAUGCAACCUAAAGUUCAAAUAUUUCUGCUGAUGCGAAAAAUGAGAUGUUAUUUUCAAAUUAAAUCAGAAGUUGAAAAUAGUGUUUUCUAUUCUGUUA